UAUACACAGUGAUUAUACUGUGACAGUAGCUUGUGCUCCGCUUGUACCAAGAUGGCUGUCACUUAUUAGUAGCGUAUUUUUCUUUGGUUUGACGCGUAUUUUGUAAAAAAAGCUGCACUCAGUGCCUUCGCGUAACGGUGUGCAUGUGCCGCGCGUUUUCGCGAAUCGUGCGUUGUGUUCGACAAGUCGAAAUCGCCUUCCUAUAAUGUUCCACGCUUCAGUGUUUCCUUGAUCGGAAUGCUCCAUGAGCGCGAGAAGCAAAAUAAUCGCCCGUCACCAGCCAUGUUCGUGGAGUGUUCUUUUGUUGUGACAAUCGUGAUAUAACAUUUCCGCGCGACGCAGUGCCGCGCUGAAACAAUCUCGCGUGCGCAUUCGAGCGUCUUGAUAUUUUCAUAAACGUUCAUUUCGUCUCGCCUCGUUCCAUCUCGCUCUACCUCGUCUUGUCUCGUUUCAUCUCGCAUCGCCUCACCUCACCUCACCUCACCCCGCUUCGUCUCGUUUCGUCCCGUCUCGUCCAGUCCCGUCCCGUCCCGUCUCGUCCCGUUUCGUCUCACCACGCUUCGCCUCACCCCGUCUCGUCCCUUUUCGUCUCGUCUCGUCUCAUCUUAUUUCAUCUCAUCUCUUCUCAUUCCAUCCCGUUCCGUCCCGUCUCAUCUCGUCUCACCUACUCUUGCCUCGUCCGCCUCAUCCCGCCUCGUCUCGUCUCGCUUUGUCACCCCUUUACUUCGCCACGCCUCCCCUCCCCUCCUCUCUCCUCGCCACACCUCAUCCCUUCUCUUUCCUCUCAUCUCUCAUUCUAUCUUUCCUCACUCCCUCACCUUUCCACGCCUUAUCUUCACCUCACUUCAUCUUACCUUACCUAACCUGACCUCACCUAACUUGACCUCACCUCAUUUUCCCUCGCCUCUCCUAAUCUUCGCUCCCUUCUCUUACCUUAUCUUACUUUUCUCAACCUCGUCUCAACCUCACUUUACCUCAUCUCACCUCAUUUCACCUUACUUUACCUCAUCUCACUAACCUCAUCUUACCUAACCUAACUUAUCCUAACCUCACCUUUCCACACACACACACACACACCUUGCCUCACUUCACCUCAUCACACUUCAAUUCGUUUCGUCUCGCCUCGCCUCGCCUCGCCUCGCCUCGCCUCGCCUCGCCUCGCCUCGCCUCAUCGGAGCUUCUGCUUGCUCUCACCAAGUAGAUUAAAUGAAAGGUCGGUAGCAACAGAGGUGAGGCGAGGUGGAGCUCAAAGAAGGGAUGAAUGGAACGACAGCGCUGCGACGCAGCGUCGGGGCUGGUGCAGGCGCCAUCAGUGGUGGAGCCAUUGAGCCAGCACCGAUCGCCACUCUUGUCGUAUACAAGGACGAUGCUGGAUUUGGAAUGAAAGUUUCUGGCGACAAUCCAGUUUAUGUUCAGUCCGUGAAAGAAGGUGGUGCAGCAGCGAGAGCUGGUCUUCAUGCAGGUGACAAAAUAAUUAAGGUGAAUGGUGUCAAUGUGAUGCAGUCUACACAUACCGAUGUAGUCCAGCUCAUAAAAUCAUCGACACAGGUGGUACUGACAGUGCAGCAAAAACCUGUGGUAACGAGCGGUGCGACAGCAGUGACAGCGACAGCAACGGGAACAACGGUUUCCGGCUUGCAAGUUGGAGUAGCUGGUGCUACGAGUCAACAACAUCAACGUCCGGUCAGUCUGUCAGCAGCUGGAAACAUGUCACCCACGCAAUCAGCAACAUCCCUCCAUAGAGCGUCCACCGCACCAGCGGGCGGUGCCCCAUGUAACGCUCGAAUUACGGGUCCGCAACCAGUCGAUCUCGAGAAGAAACGUCAGUUGGAAACGCAAAGAGUCCACACAUUCCAGCUGAUGUUGGAGAAAGAACAGAGUUACGUGGACAAGUUACGAAGCGAGUUGGCGAAAGCUGGUACUGGUAGUGGCAAUGUUAACGUAACGGCCAUACAGACAGAGUUGGCAGGUGCCGAAAGAAGAGUACGCACCUUGCAGGAACAGCUCGCAGCGAUUACGACCAACGAACAGCUUUGCUCGUUGGUAACAAAUACCUCGUGCUCCUCGGGCUAUUAUCCACCACCUUCAAAUAACGGCAGUGGCGCAGACGUGCCACCCCCACUGCCGUCGCGUAAAUCCUUGUCCAUGCAAAGUCUCUCUCCGCCGCCUUUGCCUCCCAGACCUCCACCCAUCACAAACACACAGAACUCAGCCCAGCUGGAGCUGGACCGACAUCUGCUGACUCACUUAACGCCCUCAACCAUGGUAGUCAGUCACGGUAUACCUAACUCUUUUUCCCAAGAUGCUAACCUAAGCGCUUCGAAUGCGCUCAACAAACAUCAGCGAACAAAGUCGAGCCCGGAACAGUUGGGAACUGCGGCGAUGUCUCCGUCGGAAGCUAGCAGACGUUUAAUCGCUUCUGAAUCGAUGAACGAUCUGUCACCUCCGAGACACGUCAGGCACGGUGACAUCGAUAUCAACGAAUUGCCGCGUGUUACACCACCGGGGACACCGCCACCACCGUAUCCAGCCCCUGUCCUAGGACAAGAUAUAUUCUCGUCCACACCGAACGAUCAGACACUCGGGACUGAUACCAUUCCUGGAUUGCCAGCGUUCCAACAACCAAUUAUGUCAAUGGAGGAAGAUGAUGUCAGUGAUCAAGAAAUCGGUCAGUUAGAAGAUCACGGACCGUUCCAAUCUUUAUCUAGGCUGUGGGGACAUCAUGCGCAUCUUGCUGUAUUUAUUAAUUACGUUCUCUCUAAUAGUGAUCCUUCUAGCUUGUUAUUUUAUUUAGUAACGGAUUUAUACAAGGAGGGAAAUGCCAAAGAGAUGAGGAAAUGGGCAUACGAAAUUCAUUCUAGUUUUCUUGUACCUGGUGCGCCAUUACGUCUGCAUAAUGUAGACGAAAACGUCGCAAACGAGAUAGACGAUGUCCUCUUAAAGGAGUCCGACAAGGAAGAAAUUCUUCGGAAGAUAUUUUGGAAAGCACGUAGCAGAGCAAAGGAGGAGUUAAAUGAGCAACUGACGCAUUUCCAGCAGAAAAGAACUGCAGGAUUGGCCACGAUUUUUGGCCCGACCGACAUGUCGCUCGACGAGAGUAUAUCCGACAAAGCGCGUGAAACGAAAAUCAUCGAGACGUACCUUUUGCCGAAGAUGGAACCUUAUUUGGAAGACAUAGAAAAGGAACACGUAGACUUGCGGAUAUUCACGACGGCGGCUGGUUUAGCUACGAUACUGAUCAAGAUCUUUCAAUUGCGACCUGUAUGGGCCGACCGAGUGCCCACCUUCGUCGCAAAAGACAAGUCCAAUAUCAAAGCGCGAUUACUUACCGGAAAAACGCGUAAAAUGACCAUCAGGGGGCAUCAUUUUGUGGCGCAUCAAUACUUUACAAUAACUUACUGUAAUCACUGUCAACUUAUCAUCGGUGGUAUCGGUCCUCAAGGAUACUUGUGCAGUGAUUGUUCCCUCAGCGUGCAUCGGCAGUGUGUCCGCGUAGUAGAAGAAAACUGUCCGGGUCCUUUGAUGCGAAAGGAAAGAGCCAACGACAGAAUUAGUAAACUGAUGGAGCGCAUUCGACCAGAGAGAAAACCUCCGUCGUCCCAUCAUCACCAUCAUUCGCAAAAUCAUAUAUUGCACCUUGACAAACUUAGGAAAAGCGAAGAAGAUUCGGGUACACUAACAGACGGAGAAAAUGGAGAACAGCGCGCAAGCAGCUUGGCCGGGAACACUCGUAGCAGUUGCGAGAGGUCGCGAAUUUCUGGUUUUGCCGGUGACCAUGCCGAUUGCAUGGACAAUCCUUCGUCACGAGAAGAUAUUUCCGAAAUGGUCCAGCAAAAUAUUUCCAGUAAGCCAAAGACGUCAAACAUCAACAGGUCUGAAAGUUACAAGGAGCGGAUACAUCAUAAGCGGCAAUUGAGAGAAAAGAGGAAAACCAGCGAUCCAAAUCUCUCCAAAACAAAAGUCGGUUCCAGCGAUUGCGAGCACACCGGCACGUUCCCCGGAAACUCGGCUGGCAGCUCGUCGAACAGCAGCUUGUCGACGAGGAGUCUGGACAGUCCCAGUACCAGCCUGGAGCAAGUGCACCCUACCACAUCGGCGGCGAACACGUCAACUUCGUGGGACAGCGACGUCGAUGUCGAGGCUGAUCCGCCAGAUUGGAGCCAGGCUGUUGCCGAGGAUGUUCUCGCGCAACUCAGCAAUUCCGAGAAGAAAAGACAGGAGGUUAUUAACGAGCUGUUUCACACCGAGCGUUCCCAUGUCCGCGCGUUGAAAGUGCUUUCGCAUGUCUUCCACAAGCCCCUGCUGGAGUCCCAAGUAUUGCCGUUAGAUCAGAUUCAGCUACUCUUCUCGAAUCUCGACGAGAUGCUGAUGAUCCAUUCUCGCUUCAAUCAAUCGAUGAAACGUAAGAAGAAAGAGAACCCGUGCGUGACCGGUGUAGGCGAGCUUCUGCUAGAGAUGUUCGACGGCGAGGCUGGCGAGUCGUUCGAAAAGGCCGCCUCGAUCUAUUGCGCUAAGCAACAAGUUGCCCUGGACGCUCUGCGCGAUCGCCGACGCAAAGAUUCCAAGCUGAACGCGUUUCUCAACGAGAUUGAAGCGAAUCCGCUGUGUCGCCGACUUCAAUUGAAGGAUCACAUUCUCACUGGCAUGUUACGACUGACCAAGUAUCCGUUGCUCUUCGAGAACCUCGCCAAGUACACUCCAGACAGUAACGAGAAGGAGAAGGCGGCCGUGUUGCGUAGCCUCGAUCGCAGUAAAGAGAUUCUGAGUCGCGUGAACCAGGCGGUGAGGGAGGCCGAGGAUCACCAGCGACUCGUAGAGAUUCAACGAACGAUCGAUCGAUCGGCCUUCGACAAAUUGGAUCACCCGACAGUUCAGGAGUUCAAGAACCUCGACAUCACGAAGCGCAAACUCAUUUAUGAGGGACCGUUGCAGUGGCGGCGCGCCGAGCCGAAUCGAUCGAUGCCGAACCGUUCGGUGCCGAAACCGGUGGAUCUGCAUGUGGUACUGCUCGACGACAUAAUCUUUUUCUUGCAUCGGCAGGAUGACAAAUACCUGCUCAAGUUCAUUAACACGGCCAAUCAACAGGCGGGCAAUUCCGUGCUGAGUCCGAUCGUUAAAUUGUCGACCGUUCUGGUGCGCCACAACGCCGCCGAAAAAGAUUCCCUCUAUCUAGUCAAUACUUCGCAGAACGGCGCGCAGAUGUACAAUCUAGUGGCGCCGUCCUCCGCGGAGCGCAAACUUUGGUGUAAGCACAUCUCUGAGGCUGUAGAUGCUUAUAAGGCGCGCGAUCGUCAGGGCAGGAGGCCGACGCCACCCACCACGCUCCCAGAAGAGCCGACGCAUGCGAUGGAAGAAGCGUCGCCCUCCGGAACGGAAGACAGUACGACAACAGCCAUUGAGAAGGAACAAUCGCAGGACAGAGAUUCGAGAGAGGUUGGACAGAGUAGUACCGCAGGUACGCAGGAGCGUAGCGAGGAGACGCCGGAUACCGCGGAAACUCCCACGAUCGAACAAACGCAACAACAAUGCCCGCGAGUACAACAGCAAUCGACUGAGUCGCCAGCGACAGGCGUGACAGAGCCGCUACGCAUGGUCACGUGUACUCAGUUUUCAUUAAUAGAUCCUUUGGAAGUUCAUGUGGAGGUACCACCAGUGCAUGUCGCGGAGCCAGUUCUUACACCAAUAGAAUGCUUGAGGCGUAAGGACGAAAUAAUCAAGCAGGCUCUGCUGGAGAAGCAGUUAUUGGUAGCGGACAUAUUAAAUAUCCCUAAAGAAGAUUUUGAGCACGUGGCGGACAUUGCAUCUGAACCGUCCGCUGUGGACAAGGAACCUGCUGAACUGAUACUUGCUGCCAUUAAUCAAACGGAUCAGCUAGUAGGGAUGUUGAACUCUGCCUUGAACGUAAGCGAAACGGAGACGGUGCUCGCAUCGCGUGGGGCAUCAGCAUUAGCAUCACCCGCGUGCGAAGCCACCGGUUGCCCCUCACUACGAAACCAUUCACAUCCUCAGCAAUCGGUCAUGGGAGUGAUGCAACCGAUUUGUCAUUAUCUUACGUCGCAGCUCUCGCAACUUUCACAACUUCUGGAAAUUAUAAAGGAGAGGGAAGAGGAACGAGAGAAGCUGCGGAAGGAAUUACGAAGAAGUAGAGAACGCAUACACGCGCUUGACGUCGACGUACAACGUCGAGAAUUCUCAGAAGUGACCACUGCGACAACUCACACGCAAACGGCACUAGAUGAUAUUGUACAUCAAGACAGCUACACCGAUGACCUCACACGAGAAGAGUUUGUCGAUGCACAUGGGGAAGCAACUGCGAAUACGGAAAAUACUGCGGACGUGGAAAAUCUUGAGCUUAAGACGGAAACCGAAGUGAUGGGCGAUAGUGUCGGCUGAGACGACUGAAAAAACGUUCCAUCGAUCAUAUCUCAUUCUCGGUCUGGUGCAUUUCACGAGCGGUGCUAGAACGUUCUCGCAUACGGGGAGAAAUCAAAAUUAUUUGUAAAAAAAACUACAGUAACAGCGACACGUAUUGCGUUAAAGGCAAUGGCGAGAGAAACUCUUUUGUCGCAAAUAUGGUAAUACUAGAUACGUACAGGAGAGGAGAAGCUGAAGCUUAUUAGCCGCUUCGUUUAUUUUGGAAAAUUUUUUAAUAUGAACGUACGUUAUACACAUUACUCCAAUACAUUUUUUAAUUAGUGAACAUUGACCGCGUUGUUAAUAAAAUGCAAUAUUUGUUAACGAGUCUUCCCUGUGUCGAGAUCAUCUCUUCUCGAGUUUUUCAUAAAUUUCUACUCCAGCCUAAUCAGCUGAUAGUUUUUGCCUCCCUCCUGUAUUUACCAAAAAAAUAUAGAUCGGUGAUUAUGUGUUGUCUUUGCCAAAGAUUUUAUGUAAAUGGAUUUACAUAACUUGCACUAAUCUCGCAAAAACAUAAUCUUUUCGUGCAUCAUCAUGUUGUUAUUUCGCGAACCGAGUCCUAUAGAUUAAUCAAUGCCAUGACUAUAUUUAUUAUAGUCAUAUGACAAGUCCGGUUUACAUACAAAGAGGAGCUAAAUUUAUUUGCAAGAAAGAAACCUGUAGAAAAUAUGCACUUUUACUGUAACCAUUAUUGAUUAGGAUAAUUGUUAAUUUUUUCAAAUUUUUUGUGCAUGUACCGACCUUACAGCGUAUAAACACACCUGGGCUCUAAUUAUUAUAUGAAAAACGGUAAAAUGAUGAAACGGAGAAAUUAUGAUAGCUGACAUUUGUAAUCUUCUAUGCCGGAAAUGAGAAACGAAAAUCCCCAUGCGAGAUUUUCAAGAGAAACAACGGAGAAUGUAUGUACGUUUUCUCGCACCUAUUUAUAAAAUCGCGCAUUAGAAAACUACCGUUUCCGAGUAAUGAUAAGAUAUAUUUCUACGUUUCAUACGGAUUUUGUACGACAAGUUUUUCAAGUCGACGAAAAAGAGAUAUCUCAAAACAGCUUGCUAUAUAACUUGUUACGUGUGAUCCAUCAAAAGGAUCUGUCGAUCAAAGUUUCGCACAAUUUACGACUUCCAAAACUCAAGGACUUGGUUCAAUGAGCAUUCGAAAUAUUUGAGAAUUAUUCCAACAUCCGAGGUUCUAUGGAUUCUAGAUUACUCUUUCUCUGAAAAUUUAGAAAAUCGAUCAUCCAAGGGACAUGGGAAUCCUCCAGGAUGUAAGAAUCCAAGAAUCUAAGGAUAGCAAUAUAUACAAUUUUGUAUGACGUAGACGGUAGUUUAUGUACUUAAAAUAAAUUUCCUAUGAAUAAAUAUAGAACACUCGUGAAUUCAUACAGGAUGUCUUGAAGUCUGUGUAUCGCUAAUCUGUUUUUAUUCGAUUUAUUUAUUUCUCAUAAUUUCUUACAAAUAUUUUUCUCGUCAAGAUCUAUUUAGUAAGAGAAAGGGAGAGAGAGAGAGAGAGAGAGAGAGUAUGUGUACAGUAGUUCUCUUUUUCGAGUUAAAAAUGAAAAAUUCUGUGACUUUUUAAAGUCACUGAAGGACAAGUAGUUUUACGCUCAAUGUAUGAGUAAUUGCAAAUUCUGGAAAGAAACUGAUUAAACAGAUUUCAGUAACUAUGAAAAAUUAAAUUUACCACUUUGCAAGUGUCUCAGCAAUUUGGUUCAAGUAUAUAGAGUAUUUACGUACGUAUCUUGGGCAUUUUCUCUGUACGAAUAAACUUGAAGCUACGAUAUAAGAAUUCAACGAAUAUUGUUUUUCUGUAUCGUCGCAUUUAUUUACGUGAAUUAGUCAGAAUCACGUCGUGUGCGUAUUAUUGUUCGUUUCGAAAAACUUUCGAUUACUCUAAACAUAUAAAAUAUAUCAUGUGCUUCAUGAAAAAUUAAGGCAAUUGUAUCAACAACCAGCCAUUUAUACAAAUCUGAAUUGUAAGAAUCGUGCUUCCUUACGUUUACAACUUCCCCGCUUUUAAUAUUAUAAUCCAGUAUAAUUGAAUUAAGUGCGGCUGAAUUUGCGAAUAGCACUAUAUAUACGCGCGAGUGAAUAUAUCGAACGAAAUAUUAAACGAGAACUAUCAUUAUAAUCAGCAGGUUGACGAGAGACUUGCGAAUAAAAAUCGAAUUUGUUGGCG